CAGCAAGACCACUUCUUCUAUUAAUAACUCAAACAAGUUUCAUAUUCCAUUCUCAUAAAUUCUGUCUCUAUUUUUAUUGUCGUCCCAUAAAAUUAUAAUUGUUCUUUCUAUUACAGAAACAAGCAGUUAUUGUAAUAAUGAGGAAAUGGAUGCUCAUGUUUUUGCUACUCUUGUCAAUUCUUAUUCAUGAAGCUCAAGGUAUAAGGAUGAGUAAAGGAUCUGCAUCAGCAGUCAGGCAGCACACCAUCAAUGAAGUUGUUCAUGGGAAGAGAAACCUUAAUGAAGGAGUUAAUAAUAAGUCAUCAGGAUGGAUUAGAAAACUAAUUACAAAGAUCCCUAUCUCUAGAACUGCGGCCAUUUCUAAGAAUGACGGGAAUGCAGAAACCAAAGCUCGACCCGAAUCGAAAGACUCUUCCAUUAACGAAAAUGUAGGAAGAAAAGAAGAAAAUAGUGUCUCCGUUAAUUCGUCGUCGAAAACGUACAAGGAAAUUGUCGAUAUAGCUGGGAUGGAUUACUCACUAGCAAGAAGAAAGUCUCCAGUACAUAAUUAAUUAGACUAAAAUAAAAAAUAAAAAAUAAAAAAAUAAAAAAUAAAAAAAGAAGAAGAAAAGGGGGAAUAGAAUGUUGGACAGCAUUACAGGAAUGCUGCCACUAAUUAGGAAGAUUUUGUACAUAUUAUUAUUAUUAAUUUUUUUAUGAUUCUUAGAUCAUUAGUUAUGUUCAAAUCAUAAGCACUCAUUAAUGAAGUGCGUAUUAGUUAAUUAAUUAGUAGCCUUUUUAAUGUAAAAUAUAGGAGAAUAUUAGUGUUAAGGAAGUACAGCAGUACUGUAAUGGAUAUGUAUAAUAUAUGUUUCUACUUGUCUUUAUUCUAUUUUCUUUGUUGUGAAA